AUGGAGAGGAACAAUCGGAAGAAGAAAGGAAAGAAAAAUCUUACUGCUAUGGAUGGAGAUCACCACCUCAAGGAGGACGAUAUCGGCACAAGUUGGGAUGAAACUAGGCAUACUGUACCCAGCCUCGUCAUCAAUCAUGAAAUGAUCAGCCGUAUAACGCAGCCUAAAGGCCUCCAAGGCUCACUGCACAACUGCCCUAAUAGCCGUUGGGACCGUCUGUUUGCCGCUAGUGCUGAGUUUGCCACCACCCGUUCUUUUAGUCAGGGGCACAAAACAACCCCGACGGCAAAUUAUUUCAUUAAUUGAAUUAUGUACGAGGAAGGGGCUUGCAUCUGGUCCGUGUUUCUGAUUAUUGAGGCUGAAUUGAAUUGUCUUGUGGAGAUAAUUAUUGUUCGAAGGGAUGAAUAGUUCAGACAUCGCCAAUGCAGGGUCCAGGGAUGUAAUCUCCCAACAGAAGUACGACAUAGGAGAAGGGGUACGUCGGUCUGCAGGUAUGUUUG